GUUAGGAUUUCUUUUGUUCAUUUUUUAGCUCAGUUGCCACAUUUUGUAAGAAUUGGGCAUCUUCCUUUUCCCUUCAAAAUAUGGCAAAUUGGUCAGCCGGCAAAUCAGAGCUGACAGAGAGUUUGCAUUUGCAGCUCUGUUUCUUUGUAACUGUAGGGGCCUGGGAGAGGGGCGCUCUCGAUACAUGCAACCGAUUGAUCAUAAGAUGCCUAGUCUAAUCGUCAGCACGGUCAAAUAACAUGAAUUUCUGUUGAGUGAUAAAACGUCUAGUUCAUCCUCUAGCAUCAGACUUGUUAGCUGGUUCUUUCAGAAAAGUCAGGCAUUCUCAGAUCAAACACAAUGAGAUUCUGCUACCCUGUCAUUGUGUCAAUGGCAUUGCAUGAUAAAACUGCGGAUCUUAUCUUGUGAAUUUGCAGUUCUUUCAUGGGUAGAUGGUCAGGAUUCCAAACUGGUAGAGGCGGGGGAUGGAAUUUUCUGCCCUUCUGACUUCGGCAGGGAUAAACAUCGCUGUCUGCGUGCUGUUCUUGUCCCUCUAUUCAGUCCUGAGGAAGCAGCCUCACAACUUCAGCGUCUACUUUGGGAGGCGUCUUGCUGAAGAGAAGUUCCAGAGGCAGGACGAUUACUUCUCAUUUGAGAGGCUACUGCCUACUGCCGGUUGGAUUGUAAAGGCAUACUGGUGUACGGAAGAAGAGAUUCGUCAAGUUGCUGGAUUGGACUCCGUUGUGUUCCUCCGCCUCUUCAUUUUCAGCAUUCGUAUCUUCUCAAUUACUUCUCUUGUCUGUAUAUUUGGAGUGCUUCCUGUUAAUUAUCAUGGGAAAGAGAUGACUCACAAUCAUAUUCCGGCAGAGUCUCUGAAUGUUUUCACUAUAGCCAAUAUCAUAGAAGAAUCUCGAAAGCUUUGGGUGCAUUGCAUUGCUUUAUAUAUCAUAACAAUCUCGGCCUGUAUUCUUCUUUACAAUGAGUACAAGUAUAUUUCGAGAAAGAGAUUAGCACAUAUUACUGGAUCACCACCAAAUCCUGGCCAUUUCACUGUGCUUGUCCGUUCAAUUCCAAAAUCAGACAAUGAGCUGCUUGACGACACAAUCAGAAAUUUCUUUGUUAACUAUCAUGGAUCAAGUUACUUGUCACAUCAAAUGAUCCUUCGGAAAGGACAUUUUCAGAGAUUUGUGGAUAGAGCAGAGAGGGCUUAUAGGAAAUUUGUAAGGGUAAGAUUUUCGGCAUCUGAGCGGAAUGGAAGAUCCAGCAUGUCCAGAUGUGGUGUUUGUGGAGUAAGAGCAUCUUCAUUUCAAAUUUACCGCAAUAAGUUCAUUGAGGCCAAGAAAGCAGACCUCACAAAUCCGGAAGUAGUGGAUGCUCAAAAGAACUGUCCAGGUGCCUUAGUAUUCUUCAAGACUCGCUAUGCAGCUGUCGUCGCUUCUCGAGUACUUCAAUCAUCAAAUCCUAUGUUAUGGGUAACCGAUUUGGCUCCUGAGCCACGCGAUGUGUAUUGGUCAAAUCUCUGGAUCCCCUACAGACAGAUCUGGCUUCGGAAGUUAGCAACACUUGCAGCAAGUGUUGUUUUCAUGUUUGUGUUCAUUAUCCCCGUUGCAUUUGUCCAAAGCAUGAUGCAACUGGAGCAGCUCAAAAAGAUGUUCCCAAGCUUCAGAGGUAUCCUAAAUAAGUCCUUUUUCGCCAGAGUUGUAACGGGAUACCUUCCUAGCGUCGUUCUGCUGCUCUCCUUGUACACCGUUCCUCCACUGAUGAUGCUCUUCUCUUCGAUAGAAGGGUCGAUUUCUCGCAGCGGAAGGAAAAGAAGUGCUUGCUUAAAGAUCCUGUUCUUUACCGUAUGGAAUGUCUUCUUUGUAAAUGUCCUGUCAGGAUCCGUACUCAAUCAGCUCAAUGUCUUCACAAGACCAAAGGAUAUGCCAACUAUGCUAGCUGAACUAGUGCCAAAGCAGGCAACCUUUUUCAUCACGUAUGUCCUCACCUCAGGCUGGGCAAGCCUGUGCUCGGAGAUACUGCAAGUGUACAACCUGGUGUAUAACUUCUUCAGCAAAUGCAUAUGCUGCUGCCAGCAGAAUACGGAAUACGUUUACUCUUUCCCUUACCACACUGAAGUGCCCAAAGUCCUCCUGUUCAACCUGCUUGGCUUCACGUUUGCGAUAAUGGCGCCUCUCAUACUGCCCUUUUUGCUCGUGUACUUCUGCCUCGGCUACUUGGUGUACCGGAAUCAGAUCCUGAACGUGUACUACCCCAAGUACGAAAUGGGAGGGAAGCUGUGGCCGAUCAUGCACAACACCAUCGUGUUCUCCCUGGUCCUGAUGCAGGUGAUCGCGCUGGGCAUCUUCACCAUCAAGCACUCCCCGGUGGCGACGGGCUUCACCAUCCUGCUCCUCGUCGGCACGGUCCUCUUCAACGAGUACUGCAGGCACCGCUUCUCCCGCAUCUUCGAGGCCUACUCUGCCCAGGACGUGAUCGAGCUGGACCGGGACGACGAGCAGUCGGGGCGGAUGCAGGAGAUCCACCAGCACCUGCAGGACGCGUACAGCCAGACCCCACCGGGCGAGGGAUCCUCCCGGAGCGGCGGGCAGGUGCCCAUCGAGCUCAUCCUGGAGGACCCCGCGCAGGAGGCGUCCGAGUCCAGCCAGGAGCUCUGCGACACCGUGCAGGAGGUGUCCGAGGCCCACGAGCACAUCAUCGAGGAAGGCAAGGCGCACUCCGUGUAGUAGAAGAUGGUUUGGUACCGUGCCGGAUCAUUCUCCGGCAGCGUACGUGUAGAUGCUUACUGCUACUAGGGAAUGGUCUCUGGGAGCUGGCGUACAUACGUGACGUAACGUAACGUAACCUGACAUGUUGAUCUGUAGAUUGCUAUGUAACAGACUCGAGAGCAGAUAUUCACCAGGAGAAUUCCCAGAAUUUUCGGUACG